GGGCUCGCUUAACCCCCCUUUCUCCCCUCGACCCCCACGCGAUCUCGCUACCCGCCGCCGCCGCCAUGGCUUUCUCCGCCCGGAGAAGCCUCGCCUCCAGCCUCUCCGGCCACCUCACUCGCCGUCUCCACCCUUCCCUCUCCCACCUCAUCCCUUCCCACCACGACCACUCCGAGAACACCUCCUCCUCCUCUCCCCCACCCCCUACUCAGCAACCCCAGCACUUCCCCUCCGCUGACCUUCGUCGACGCACGAGAUCCCAAAACCUAACCCUUCCCCUCCCCUUCGGCGCCCACCUGGCUGGCCACCGUAACUUCUCCACCUCCUCCUCCGGAGCACCGGAGAUCGAUGCCGCCACGGGCGUCCUCUCCGACGGCGCAGCUGGCGACAUCGAUGUCGCGGCGGACGUCCUCUCCGACGCAGCGUCCUCGGUCGUGCCCGCCUUCCCGGCUCCGUUCCCGGGGGAGGUCGCGGCCGCCGCGGCCGACUCGUUUCCCCCGGUCGCAGCCCUGCAGUACGUCAUCGACGCCGUCCAUUCCUUCACCGGGCUCAACUGGUGGGCCUGUAUUGCGCUGACGACGGUGUUGAUCCGGACAGCGACGGUCCCACUGCUAGUGAACCAGUUGAAGUCCACUAUGAAGUUAAAUGCAAUGAGGCCAGAAAUGGAGGCAAUCAACAUGGAGAUGAGAAAUGAUCCAGGAUCGAUGCUAGAGGGCAAAAAGAAAUUGGGCGAACUAUUCACAAAGCAUGGUGUUAAUCCAUUGACACCGUUAAAGGGUCUAUUCAUCCAAGGGCCUAUAUUCAUGAGCUUUUUCUUUGCUAUCCAAAACAUGGUGGAGAAAGUCCCUUCUUUGAAAGGAGGUGGAGCAUAUUGGUUUACUGAUUUGACAACUCCUGAUGAGCUUUACAUCCUGCCGGUCUUGACAUCAGUGACAUUCUUGGCCACGGUGGAGCUCAAUAUGCAAGAUGGCAUGGAGGGAAAUCCUAUGCUGCAAACAAUGAAGAAGUUCUCUAGAGUACUGGCUGUUAUGACUGUACCAUUUACAAUGCACUUUCCCAAGGCAAUUUUCUUUUACUGGGUUACAGCGAACUUGUUCUCUCUUGGAUAUGGUUUUGCUCUCCGGAAGCCAGCUGUAAGGGGUUACUUGAAUCUUCCUCAUAUUGUACCGCAGCCUGUACCUGCACAAUUGUCGACCUUUAACCUUUUCGAGGGACCCAAGUCAAUGCCAGCAGUUGAUUCACCCGCUGCAGUCAAAGGAUCUAAGGAUGAGCAGUCUAAUUCAGUGCUAAACAGUCGGAUUGUAGAUCUUGAAAAGAAGAUUGCAGAGCUCGAAAGGAAUGCUAAAUCUAGAGGCGAAUCUCAAGAUUAACAACUGACAGGAAAAUUUUGGGCACGUGAACCCUUUUUUGGUUUGUAACUUGUAUUGGUGGCGAAAGAUAUCAGUCACGUUCUAAUAUUGUACCAAGGUUUGACUUGGACUAGGCGUUAUCCUAAAUUUUGAGCAUGUAUUUUGGCGCUGUCACUUGCAGCGAAUAAACUGGAGCGAUUUCGGCAACUAAGAUCGCUCUAUAUACUGGAAUUUUCUAGUGUUUGUUGGCUUAAGCAGUGUUGCUGGUGAGCAUGAGCAGAAACCUUUUCCUCAUGGGUUAUCCAAAAAUCAAACGAUGUAACUGUUACUAGCUUUUAUUUGUAAUCAUGGAAAUUGCACAAGUCGGAAGUAUAUUGGGACUGUUAAUUGCUGUUA